CUCCGAAUUAGACUGGAUAUAUGUGAAGAGGGAAAUCACCCUAUCUGGAUUAUCAGAAUCUGUGAAGUCUUGAAAGGGCCAAUGAGUAUUCUCAUCAUUGAGGCAUUCUACGGAGGGUCCCAUAAACAGCUGGUGGAUCUGCUCCAAGAAGAGUUAGAAGACUGUGUCCUUUAUACCCUUCCUGCAAAGAAAUGGCAUUGGAGAGCACGGACAUCGGCUUUAUACUUCUCGCAGAAUAUUCCCGCCAGUGAACAUUACAGGGUCCUCUUUGCAAGCUCAGUGAUGAACCUGACUGAACUGACUGCCCUUCGGCCUGACCUUGGGAAAUUGAAAAAGAUUCUGUACUUCCAUGAGAACCAAUUGGUAUAUCCUGUCAAGAAAUGUCAGGAGAGGGAUUUCCAAUAUGGAUACAACCAAAUUCUCUCAUGCCUGGUGGCUGAUGUGGUGGUAUUCAACUCUGUUUUUAACAUGGAGUCAUUUCUCACCUCUAUUGGAAAAUUUAUGAAGCUGAUUCCUGAUCACAGACCCAAGGAUCUGGACAGCAUCAUCAGACCCAAAUGCCAAGUUAUUUACUUUCCCAUCAGGUUUCCUGAUGUGAGCAGAUUUAUGCCCAAACACAAAACAACCCAUUUACAGAAGAUUCUCAGCCUUCAAGGAAAUGGUGGCGCUGCUCCGUCCAUGGCCCUUGCUUUCCGACAGGAGCAGAAAGGUUCUGAGAAUUUACUGAAGAAUUUAAAUUCAGAGUCUGGACGCUGUAAUGCCACACAAACAGAAAACCUGGGUACCUCGUUAACGCAGGAGCCAGACUUGAGAACGUGCCACUUGUCCAGUAAUUCAAGCUCUCACCCUGAGGAAGAAAAACAAAAUACGACUUUUAAUCCCUGUGACAUUCUGGGUGGAAUUGAUGAUCCACAAAGACCACUGCACAUUGUGUGGCCUCACAGGUGGGAGCACGAUAAAGAUCCGGAGAGUUUUUUUAAGGUAUUAAUGCAUCUUAAGGACUUAGGACUCAAUUUCCAUGUGUCUGUCCUUGGAGAAACCUUCACAGAUGUCCCAGAUGUAUUUUCAGAGUCCAAAAAGGCAUUGGGAUCGUCUGUCAUACACUGGGGCUACUUACCCAGCAAAGAUGACUAUUUCCAAGUACUGUGCAUGGCUGAUGUUGUCAUCUCAACAGCUAAGCAUGAAUUCUUUGGAGUGGCAAUGUUGGAAGCUGUGUAUUGUGGUUGUUACCCACUUUGUCCCAAAGAUCUGGUUUAUCCUGAAAUAUUUCCAGCUGAAUAUCUGUAUUCUACACCUGAACAGCUUUCAAAAAGGCUCCAGAAUUUCUGCAAGAGACCAGAUAUUGUAAGAAAACAUCUUUAUAAGGGUGAAAUGACUCCUUUUUCUUGGGCAGCCCUACAUGGUAAAUUCAGGUCUCUGCUUACAACAGAACCUAGGGAAGAUUUGUGACAGAUGGGGCUAAGUCACAAACUUGCAGCCUAAGGCAGAAUCUGUAGAACUUUCCAGAGUGUGCCCAUAUUUACCUGAUCAGAGAGAAAAGAAAAUCUGCAGAGGAAGCUGAGCCUGGCUGCUUGUCAUAGCUGACACAGAGCCAUCUGCCACAAACCUGUGGCGGCUUCAGAUCUCCCAUCCCUGCCACCACCCCAACUCAAAUUAAAUACAGAUUCCUAGAGACGUUAUGAUGGUUACACAUGUCCUCGGCAUCACAUGGAGGAGACUGUUCAAAAAAAAUAUGUGGCCUGUUGUAUAACCGCACUCAUGUAUCCCAUAUGUGGUGCCACAUUGAAUUUCCGGUUGAAUCCGUUUUUAUCCUUUGUACUGGAUGACAUGGUGCCUGAAUUCUUUCUUUUUGCCGACACGAUGGCAGCCAAACUGCAGCUUCAAAAGCUCGCACUUGGCUGUGUUUCUACCUAGGUUGCCAGGUUAUCAUCGGAGCCUUCUUGCGUCCUCAAAGGGCCACAGGGUCUGAACGGAGGAUCAGAAUGCUACCGGACUAAUUGGGCGGCCAUCUCAGAAUUGUUUGUGGGCAAGGGGCUGCUUUAGCACUUUUAUUUUAGCAAAUUAACGACUCUCUGGCACAGGGGCUUUUAAGUGAAGGUAUUAAUAAGGGUCUGGCAGGUAUUCCCACGAUCCGCAAAGUUACAUUUGCAUUUAAUUUAUUUUAAAGUUGCUAGAUAAACAGCUGUAAUUUGGACAAACAUGGGAAAUACACUAAGUGGAGCCAUCUUGCCCAUAAAAUGAACACUGAGAUACUCGUUUCAAUUUUUUUUUCCACUGGGGUAAAAAUAGAGAAAUCAAAAUACUUCUACUAAAAACAGUAAUUUUGAUAUAAAUAUUCCUCAAAAAUAUUUGCAUCCAGCUACAAAUACGAUCUUUUCAAGAUAAAUCACUUAUGAUUCCAAUAGUCAAGCUGCUGUAUUUGUUGAUAUAAAGAUGUUUUGAACGGCUAGAUUGUAAAAUAAAUUUUUAAUAAAGUGCCUACUGCAAUUUUUAAUUAGCAUAUCUCAUUUAUGUGUAAGAGUGUACAUCUAUCUGUAUGUUUCUCACUGAACACUUUCUUGUGUCAGAGACAACGAAUACAAUUGUUUCUUUUCCGGAUGUACAAGGAUCUGUUUUGCAAAUGUUUGUAAGAUAUUAUGACAUUUCCAAGAUUUUCUUUGCAUUCUGGAAAGCAGGAGGUAAACAUUUGUAGUCAUUAAGGUAAAGUCUGUUGAUAAACCAUCUUCUGUUUACUGACAGGUAAAUUGUAACUUUCCUAGCUUUUGAAACAAAUAACUUUUAGACACUACAGACUGAGGAACAGCCAGGGAAAGCAGGGUAGGCAGGGGCCAUGCGUGGCCUUCUGGCUUCUAAAAAGAUUGACUGGUCUCGAAGGCAUCCGAGAUAAAGCAGGCAGUGAUUCAGAAGUCCAGUAGGGCCCAUCUGACAGGUAGCAAAAUCGUCAGCAGGAAACAGAUCAAGGUCAGAGAGCCAGAUAGAGCCCUCAGGAUAGAGGUGAUCUUGUAGAUCAAAGAAAGCAGGAAUUCAGGAUCCCUGCAGCCUGAGAAUUUAAAAGCAGGAAGAGUAAGAAGCAAAAAGAACAAACUCUGUCUUUGCACAGAGUCCUCUCCCUAACCAAUGUGAGACCCUUAACGCGUCCCGGGACAUCACUGCCCUGGCUUCAAGUCCUAUGGUUUGCAGGGAAGUCACUGAACAAAUUACAUCCUCACCCAUAAAACAAAGGGCUGAGGGAUCAUUUCUGAAGUUCCUUGUGGACUGAGAAUGGGGACCUCAAAAUCUACCAGGGCUACUCCUUUUGAGUGCAAACAUUAGGAUGUCAGUAUGCCUAGGACGUUCUUAGACACCUCUAGGCAGGGUUUAUCAUCUAAGGAGAUGGAACUAUACCAGUAAAUUUGCUUCAGUCAGAAGGAUGUCUUCUAGAAAUAAUAGUAUAAUCUCACAGCCAAGAAGCAGUGUUGAGCUUACUGUGUGUUACUAUCCUGAAAAUAAUGGGCUCCCAUCUCAGUGUAGACAUAGUUGAAAGUUACCUGUAUAUGGAGGGUUUUUUCCCUAUACCCAUAACCUCAAAUCAGAUUUUGUUUUCAGCCAUGCCCAGCAUUACUUCGAGAAUAAAAAUUUACAUUAAAGCUGUCACUUGUUAGAACUAUGCUGUCAGACUUGGUCUUAGUGCAAAUAAGCAAUAAAAACUUUUGUCAAUGUGUAAUUCUUAACAAUUGAAAACUUGAA